CCCGCCGCCCGGCUCCGUGUUACAAAAGCAGCGAUCACGCCGGUCCAUACACAGCUUUGUACCGUUGAGACAGCCAGCCGAGGAAAACACAGCAACAAUGGGGUUGACAGUUAAAGUCGAAUACUGCGGUAAGUGAGGUUAUGAACCCCGCUAUCGGGAGCUGUACAGCGUGGUCAAGCGUGACUUUCCCGAUGCGGAGUUGUCUGGCUUCGUGGGAAGACAAGGCAGCUUUGAGAUUGAACUCAACGGGCAGCUGAUCUUCUCCAAGCUCGAGCUGGGGGGGUUCCCAAAAGAGGAUGACGUCUUGGCUGAAAUUCAGAAAGCCCACGAUGGCAAACCUGUAAUGAAGAUCACCAAAAGCCGUGCACCCUGCGUCAUCAUGUAAACCCCCCCCCCCCCCGUCCUGCACCCCCAAA